AUCGCGCAGCUGCUGGUUGAGUGGUACCAGGUGAACAGGAGGGACCUGCCCUGGAGGGAUCAGAAGCGCUGGUCACAAGCAGCGUACGCGAAGAGGUCGAGUGCUGACGUGGCGGUGGAGGUGUGGGUGUCGGAGAUCAUGCUGCAGCAGACGCGGGUGCAGACUGUCAUCCAGUACUUCCAGCGAUGGAUGGAGAGGUGGCCGACGGUCGAGGAUCUAGCAUCCGCGACUGAGGAAGAAGUGAACGAAGUGUGGAGCGGAUUGGGAUACUACAGGCGCGCGAAAUUUCUUCUCUUGGGAUCACGAGCAGUGGUUGAGAAGUACGGUGGUGUCCUGCCGCAGAAAGCUGAGGAGCUGAAGAAAAUCCCGGGGAUCGGCGACUACACGGCAGGAGCCAUAUCCUCCAUCGCCUUCGGUCAGCAGGUG